AUCCCGCCCCUUGACCCAAACUCGGAGGGGCAUCGCGCCCCAACCCUCGCCGCCGCCGCCGCCGCCGCCUCCGCCUCCGCCUCCGCCUCCGCUAUUCCCCUUUCCCCCUCAGGCCCAUCACCGAUGGGAAUGGUCGCCGCCGCCGCCCCCUCAACCUCGCGCCUGCUCUACCACCACCACCACGCAACCGGCUCCAGGCGCCAUCAGCUGCAACAGCGACUUAGGUACUCCCCCAAUCCGUCCCAUCUCGCUCUGCGCCGCCGCCGCCUUUCGCCGGCCGGGGCGCUCUUUCCCGACCGCAUCACCCCGUUCUCAUACAACGCGGAUGACGAAUCCGACGACCACCCCCGCGAGGAGUGCGGCCUGGUGGGGGUCGUGGGCGACCCGGACGCGGCCUCGCUCUGCUACCUGGGCCUGCAGAAGCUGCAGCACCGCGGGGAGGAGGGGGCCGGGAUCGUCUCCGUCGGCGCAGACGGUAAGCUCAACUCGGUAACCGGGCUGGGCCUCGUCGCCGACGUCUUCAGCGACCCAUCCAGGCUCGCCUCCCUCGCCGGGCCCGCCGCAAUCGGGCACGUCCGCUACUCCACGGCCGGCGCCGUCGCCUCCCUCCGCAACGUGCAGCCGUUCCUGGCCGGGUACAGGUUCGGGCAGGUGGCCGUGGCGCACAACGGGAACCUCGUCAACUACCAGGCGCUGCGGAGCAAGCUGGAGGCGCGGGGCUCCAUCUUCAACACCACCUCCGACACGGAGGUGGUCCUCCACCUCCUCUCCACCUCGCUCGCGCGCCCGCUGCUCGCGCGCAUCUGCGACGCCUGCGAGCGCCUCGCGGGCGCCUACUCGCUGCUCUUCCUCACCGCCGACAAGAUGUUCGCCGUGCGCGACCCGCACGGCUUCCGCCCGCUGGUCCUCGGCCGCCGCGGCCGCGACGGCGCCGUCGUCUUCGCGUCCGAGACCUGCGCGCUCGACCUCAUCGACGCCGCCUACGAGCGCGAGGUGGAGCCCGGGGAGGUGGUCAUGGUCGACCGCCGCGACAUGUCCGUCUCCUCGGCCUGCCUCGUCGCGCGCGUGCCCCGCCGCGCCUGCGUCUUCGAGCACAUCUACUUCUCGCUACCCAACUCGGUCGUCUUCUCGCACGACGUCCACGAGCGCCGCACCGCCUUCGGCCGCGCCCUCGCCGAGGAGUCCCCCGCGCUCGGCGCAGACGUGGUCAUCCCGGUGCCCGACUCCGGCUUCUACGCCGCGCUCGGGUUCUCGCGUGAGUCCGGGCUGGAGUUCCAGCAGGGCCUGAUCCGGUGGCACUACAGCGGCCGCAGCUUCAUCCAGCCCACGCAGGCGGUCCGGGACCUGGCCGUGAAGCUCAAGCUGGCCCCUGUGCACGGCGUGAUCCGAGGCAAGAGCGUCGUGGUGGUGGACGACUCCCUGGUGCGCGGCACCACGUCCAGCAAGAUCGUGCGGCUGCUGCGCGACGCCGGCGCGCGCGAGGUGCACAUGCGCAUCGCCAGCCCGCCCGUCGUGGGCUCCUGCCUCUACGGCAUCGACACGCCCAGCGACGGGGAGCUCAUCUCCAACCAGAUGGAUCUGGAGGGCGUGCGCCAGCUCAUCGGCAGCGACUCCCUCGCCUUCCUCUCGCUCGACAAGCUGCACAGCAUCUACGGCGAGGAGGCAGGGGACUACUGCGACGCCUGCUUCUCCCGCAACUACCCCGUGCUGCCGACACUGCCCGAGCCGGCCGUCGAAUUCGAUGAGGAAGAUUGACUGGCGAGCAGAGGUUUGCGAAGGCUGCUAACCAGGAAUAUUCAGGUAACACUUUAAAGUGGGGAGUUGGUGCUAAAACCCAAUGAUCAAGAGCACAAAUCUAUCUUCUUCACUACUUUGCAAGUUAUGUGCCCAUGUUCUCAGACUGGCUUGUUUGAAGAAGAGCAAUACCGUAUCCAAAUGUAUCUGUGCUUCACUAGUUUAUAUGCAUGUUACUCAUCCUCUUGAGUCAAGUCUAUAUCCUUUCUUCACUAAAAAAAAGUUUAUUUCCUUUCUUGGGGUGAUAUCUUUAUGUAUCCAUGCUCUCAGACUGGUUUGCCUGAAGAAGAACAACGUUCGUGUCCAAAUGUGUCUCUGCUUCAUUGUAAGGUCAUAGCAAUAGUAAAAGUACAGUUUUGCUAAUUCGCAGCUAGCUGUUUUCUAAUUCGCUUCAUGUAUCUGGGGAGGGGAGAAUUCGUUGUGAGGUGCUGUGGUAGACCUCGUGACCAGUACU